AUGGGCGCAGUUGCGCCUUUUACGCAUUCCAAUUAUUCACAGCCACAUGCAGAGAGUCUCUGGACCACAGAGAUGGACGCAACGUUGCGUCUUUGCGUAUUCGAGCCAGCAGUACACUGCAGGAAUGGCAAUACAGCUACUGAAACUUCAAAUGCCACACUGAAGACGGAAGUGCACGCGGUACGCCCCCUGAAAGCACCAGCCCACUAUAUGAGUCCUCUGUAUGAUAGGGUAAAAGACCAGACUUCUCUAGGCGGCCCACAGAGUUUCGUUCUUGAACUACCUCCUCUUCGCAUGAAAUGUGCUCACCCCCGAGCGCAGAUCCGAGCCGCUGCAAAAGCACAGCAGGCUGAUCGGUGCGUUUUCUUCCGAGCGAGCCAAGGCCCCCUCUGUUUCAAUCCCUUGUGUUUCACUUGCCCCGCCGGAGCACUACUUUGCGCCACGCGGUGUAACGACACCCUCGCCCGCUCAGAUCCCGUAGGCUCCCCGCUCUUGGAAGCAAUGCGGCCUAGAGGGGGCGUCUUCUUGGCAGGCGUGCUCGCAGCUCUAUCGCAGGUCUUCCUGCUGGCGGAUUGUCGCGUUCUCCUCCCGAUAUCUCUGGCGGGGAGGGCGACGAGUCUCGUCGAGCUGCGCACCGCAGCAGCGAGUGCACAGCGUGAUCAAGGCAGCAACGCUGCCGCGGCGCCAGGGGGCGCCUCGGCCAAGGACGAGGACGAAGAUACCUCUGAUUCUGCAGCUGAAGAGUCUCACGCGGAAGGUCAGAGCGCAUCGGCUCAGUCGGAGACGCAAGAAAACGACACCGAAGACACAAGCGCAGCCUCCGCCUCCGCCCCCGCGGCGCAAACAAGCUCCGAGGGAAGCAGUGCAGAAGCUGCACCGGAUAAGCACUCUGCGAGUAAGGACCAGCAAAGUGAAUCAGAGGCGGCGAGUGAGAAGUACAGCCAAAGCAGCGAAGCGGCUGAGUCUCGAACCUCGCAGAGCGCCUCCCAGAGCGCUGCCGACGCAAGCGGAUCGCAAGCUUCUCAGAAUUCGGCAACGCCCUCCGCGAUGGCGAAGGACGAGGAAGACAGAAAGGCAGAAAAGAAGGUGGAUAGUGGUGAAGCCGCUGAUGCGGUCCACGGCACCGAACAUUCGCAAGCAGCGCCUGCCGAGGAGGCUGCUCAGGCUGCGGCUGCACCGUCUUUGGAGCGUUUUGCGCAUCCAGAGCAAUCCUCCACACGGGAGCAAAGCGUUGCGCUGCAUGAACACGCAGAGUCUGCUGCCCCCCAAGAGGCUGCUGCCGAGCACCCCAGCGCUCUAAGGGUUGAGGAAAUCACGGCUCACUGCGUGCUUAUGCACAACAAAAUCAGGACGGCGCGUCUAGAUCAGUGGCCUGACUCUUUAAUUGCGGAUGACACGCUUUCCGAGGCGGCGCGCUCAAGAGCAAAGGCGUUCAUUGCCAACAACUGCAAGAACCCGGAUGGCACAGAGCUCGACAGCCGCUUUACGCAGCUGCAAGAACUAAUGAUGCCCAAAACAGGAACUGCAUGCGACGCACUCAACUACGUCUUUCUCGAUGGCCUCUCCGACCUCGAGAGGGUCGUGAAAGAGGAUUCCCCCGGUACAUACACCCCAGGAGACAGCGCCAGCCCCUGGCAUUCUGAGAAUGCGCAAAAAUUCGCUCUCAUGCUGUCGGAAACAGGAAAAGCCGUGGGAUGCGCCGCAACCGUUGGCUGUACGGCUGACGUGGUCUUUUGCAUGUAUUCGCCUGCCUUGUCUGUUGGGGGCACGCCUGUAUCGUCGCACUACUUCAAGGCUCUUAAAAAGCGGUCCAAGGUAGAAGCCCACGGAGAGGAAUUCCUGCCAGGAGGGGUCGCCGAGCAUGAGGUUAAAAGUGUAGCAGGGGCUAGGAUUGCACCCAGUGAGUCAAGUGCAACGGUCUCUUAUUACACCGCGGCAGUGCCGGCCGUCGUCUCCCUACCUUUGGCCCUCUUUCGACCACAGUCUUCAAAAUUUUCAUCAAAUAAGGGAUCCGCAGCAUCAGCAGAACGAGAGCGAGCAGAGCAGCGACGCCCACCGCAACAGGCGGGGAGAGCACACCUGCUGCGUUUGGAAGCGUCCGCAGCUCUUCUCGGGACUCCAGAAUAA